GAACUACAUUUCCCGCAGGUACACUGGGAUAUGAUGCGAUUUCGACAAGCUACGCGGCGAAAUAGUUUGGACUCGACACGGCGAUGUGUAUAUAUAUAGAUAUGUAUAUAUAGAUAUAUUUGUGACAUAUAAUGACGGGCCUCGGAUAGAGAAUGUUGCGUACUUUAAGUGCGUGCUGCCCCUUUGUGCUAUUUAGUGUCAAGAAUCGCAUUGUCGUAGGCUUGUGCUAAUUAGCGUUAGCAUCUGUAGCACCAUGCUGCAUGACUUGCUCCAAGGAUUAGACGCCGGAGGUUUCCUUAUCAUACAAGAUUCCUGUAGUUAUUCGGGCCGACGCCUUCUAUGGAGCUUCAUCAAGGCAGCAUUGAACAGGGCGGAGGUAGUCCAUGUCCUCAGCUUCGAAGUCAGCGAGGACGAGCUGAAGAAUGGCUUGCAAGAAUCACCCAUUGAAAGGCUCCACUUUCACAACGCUUACAGCGACCCCCUGGGCUGGACCAGCCGUGGCGCUUUCACGGUGGACCAGUUCUGCGUUGAGAGAGUCGCGCAGCUCGCCAAGCAGUCCUCGCGAGUCAAGCCGCCCAUUUUAGUCAUCGACUCGCUCUCUUGGGUCCUGAGACAUGUCAGCCCACCUGCGGUCUGCAAGACUCUCCAACAGCUUAAAAAUGGGGGAUUUGUCGGAAACCUCAUCAGUCUCCUCCAUUCCGACAUGCAUCCGCGGGGAAUGGUGGGCAGCCUGUGCCAAUUGGCCACCUCGGUCAUCACUGUGGCUGCAGGAGGAGACCAAGCGAAGAUAACCAGGCGACUAAAAUCAGGAAAGGUUUUGCAAGAUGAGGAGCUUUUCUCCAUCAAAGAUGACCUGACUGUGGUUGGACAGAGCAAACCGAGCCGGGCUGACCCACAAGAACAGGAGGCAGACCCAACAGCCAACUUAACCUUCAACCUACGCUUGUCUGACACAGAGCGCGACGCUAAGGAGAAGCUAGCACUGCCCUUUGUCUUCAGUAAAGAGAAAAAAGCAGCUCUUCUCCACACCAGUUCGGGGCGAAUCGUGUACGAGCCCGAUGCUAACGACGACUACGACCAGGAGGAUCCAGACGACGAUCUUGACGUGUGAUCAGCUUAUUUGCUUUACUGAUCAAUCCCUCAUGGAAAACAAUAUGUUUUUAAUGACUUUAAAUGAAUUGUUGAAUCUGAAAUGCAACACUGCAUUAAAAAACACUUACCUUGUGGUGGUCUGCAA